AUGACUGAUGAUGAUGAAAGUCAAUCUGUUUGUUCGUGGGGUGAAACAGAUAAAUGUAAAGCUGAGUGUUAUCCAUGUUUAAGUGACAAUUGGCUACAACGUGAAUAUCGUUGUGAUGGAUUUGGCGAUGAACGGUGUCCACAUGGUGAUGAUGAAUUUUUUUGUAAUUUAAUUGAUAAACCGUUAGAUAAGUAUUUUUCAAUUAAACGUUUUAUUAAUUAUGAUGGUGAUUAUGCUAUACCGCCAAUAGAAGAGAAAUCGUUGAAGAUUAAAAAAGAUUGUUUACAUCGAUUUUGGGGUAAUCAUAUUCGUGGUGCACGGGAAUUAAUUGAAUACUGUAUCCGUUUAAAUGAAACUGGAUUUAAUAAUCCACCGGUUUCUAGCGUUAGUUAUCGGUUUUCGUUCAAUGAUUUAUAUUUAAAGAAUGUAUCAGUAAUUGAUUUGUACAAUUGGUUUGCACCUAUUGACCUUAUUGAAGAGUAUCAUCUCUAUCUUCAUAAUGACGGUCCUAAUCAUUUUUAUUAUAACUGCACAUCACCGUGGUUCGGUCGUUAUUGCCAAUAUACAUUUAAUUCAAUGCUUUCUUUUAAUGAUAUUGUCGAACAAACAUUUGAUGGAAAAGAAUCAACUUUGGUCCAAGAUGCUAUGCAGCUAUCGGGUAACGGUACCUGUUAUGUGCACAUGCUUUGCAACUAUGUUGUACCCGAUCUUUGUUUGGAUUGGCGUGAAAUUUGCGACGGGAAAAUUGAUUGUUUAAAUGAUGCAAUUGAUGAAGAAAAUUGUGUUGAACUGGAAACAAAUAUGUGUGAUUUAUCUACAGAGUAUCGAUGUCGUAAUGGCAUGUGUAUACCAAAGACUUUUACCUAUGAUAAUGAUCUUGAUUGCUUGGAUUACAGUGAUGAACCAACUAGUCACGAAUGGGAUGCAUGUAAAGAUCGUCGUACUAAAUCAUCAAUGACAUGUGAAGAACAUUCAUGUAGUCCAAUGACAUUUUCUUGUGGUUAUGAUGAUUGUCUUGAAGACACACGUAUGCGAUUAUCAACUGAACUUGAACGUAAUUUUUGCGCAAAUGGUAGAGAUAAAUUAUUUCAAAAAUCUCUAUUAGAUUUUUACUCUGACAAAAUGAGUGAUUACUCGUUGGUAUGUUGGACAUAUUUAAUAUGUACAUUUAAAUUAGCCAAACAAUUUAAUAUACUUUGCAAGUUGUUCAUGCUUAGACAAUGUCCAUCAAUUGUCUUUUUUCCAACACAUCCAGUUGUUUUUGGUCAUGUUUAUUUUGUUUACACUUCAACAAAAACCGAUUGGUUUACAAACUAUGCACCGGAUUAUAUUUGUUUUAAUACAGAGUGGUGUAAGCAUUUAAAUAUUAAUAUAAUAAAUAUAAAUGGUUUUAAUUGUAGUCGGUAUUUGCAAUUUGAUCUACUGGCUAAACGAUAUCAAGACUGGAAUACAUUAGUAAAAGAUGUUAAAAAUGUAUUUCGUUCAUGCUCUCAUCGCCAAUUACAGAUUGCCCAUGAUAAAGAUAAUAAAUGUCCUCAUUCAACUUUAAUUCCUUGUCAAAACUCGUCAAAAUGUAUUUCAAAACAUCGGCUAUCGGAUGCCUAUAUUGAUUGUUCAAACUCAUGGGAUGAAAAUACAAUUGACACGUGUAAAUUAAAUUUAACAUAUCGUUUCAAAUGUGGAUCAUCACAUCAUGAUGAUAAAUGUAUACCGAUAGUUCUCAUGCAAGACAAACGUCAAGAUUGUCCAGAUAAUUCUGAUGAGCGUUUGGAUUAUCAUCACUGUACUACUAAUAUUAAAAGUGAUCUCUGUGAAAACAGCAUAACUACUGAACAAAUUUCAUUUCAACAAGUUUGUAAUGCUAUUGUGGAUGUAACUCAAAAGAGUAACAUGACAGAUGAAUCAGACUGUCCACAAGAGUGGCCGUGUGAGACGCGAUAUAGCAAAUGUAACGGUGUUUUCAACUGUCCAAAUGGUACCGAUGAACAGAAUUGUUUUAUAGAUAUAUACAAUUGUAAAAGAGGUACACAUUAUUGCGUCGAUAAAAAUUUUAAAUGGAUGUGUUUGCCACUCGAAAGUUUUGGCGAUAAUAUUAUUAACUGUUUUGGUUCAUAUGAUGAACGGGCUCAUUGUCGUGCUCAAUAUCCAAAUAAUCCGGAGAAACGAUAUCGCUGUAUGAAUGAUUCAAAAUGUAUCAGUCCAACUCAGUUAUGUAAUUGUGUCUCUGACUGUCCAUUAAAUGAUGAUGAAACAAUGUUAUGUCCAUGGCUUGAUUGUAGUGAUACUUCAGAGUUUAUGUGUAGAGCGGGAUGGGAAGGUAAACGAUGCGACAUAGAAUAUGAUUGUCCUGGAUAUGAAGACGAACUUCUCUGUGACUUAAUUGAUAUUCCACUUAUUGUACUCUACUUUCGAACAAUCGAUUUUCUUCCACAUCCAACGACCAAGACUGAACCAGCAGCAAGUGCAGUCACUAAACAUUCGUUUCCAUUUAUUGAAAAAGAAAUUAUUAUUGAUAAAAAUAUUUUUUCAUGGUAUUGUCAUCGUGGUAUUCUAGUACAAACAAAUCGCCCAGUUAAUUAUUAUUGCUUUUGUCCCCCUGCAUACUAUGGAAAUCGUUGUCAAUAUCAAAGUGAUCGAUUGAGCUUAGUUAUUCGAUUAAAACCAUUGGGUUUAUCGAAUUCAAUCAUUGUUUUUAAAUUAUUUUUAUUUUUACUUGACGAAAAACAAGAUAUUAUUUCAUUUGAACAAAUAAUGUAUUAUCCAACAACUGAAGAAUGUUUUGCAAAAUACUAUACUUAUUUAUUAUAUCCCAUUCAACCCAAAUUAAAAACAAACUAUUCAGUACGUAUCGACAAUUUCCUUGUUUCAACUGAACAACCAGUGAAAUAUAUCCAAACGUGGUACUUUGACGUUCCGUUUACAUUUUUGCCGGUAAGCAGAAUUGUAGCUGAACUUGAAUUAUCUGAAAGUAGUGCUAAGUCGACAAGAUGUAAUGGCCUAAUAUGUAUUCACGGCCGUUGUCUCCAAUACGUUAAUACUAAUAAAUUAUUUUGUUAUUGUGAUCCCGGUUGGUUUGGAAUUGCUUGUCAAAUUAAAUAUGCAUGUCAAUGCUCACAAGGAUCACUGUGUAUUGGUCAUAUAGAAUCAGAAUCAAAAUCAAUCUGUGUUUGCCCUCUAGGUCAUAUUGGAUCUUUAUGUCGUGUUUCCUAUCAACCAUGCAGGCAGGAGAGCUGCGCAAAUGGUGGUACGUGUGUACCAUUAGAUGAAAGAACAUCAGGAGAUCGUUGGAUACCGCAACAACAGUAUGCUUGUAUAUGCUCUGAACAAUUUUACGGUCGCAAUUGUGAACAAAAUUCUUCUUUGAUACAUAUUUCAAUUGGAAAAGUUGAAUCAUCUGCCGUAUUAAUUCAUAAUGUAAUUACAUAUGCGGAGCAAAGUCCAACUCGUUUAGUAUUUUUUAAAAGACUAAGUUUCUAUCAAGAAACCAUAACUCUUUAUUAUAAACGUCCAUUUGUGCCAGAUUUGACAUACAUUCAAUUAUUCGAUAAAGAAAAUAAAAAUCAAUCAUCCACUUAUUACCUUGCUGCCUUAGUGCCCCGUUCAUACGCAUCAAAAAAUAUCUCAACAACUAUUGCAGACUUUUAUAGAUGUCCACAUAUUAGAGAAUUAUUUAAUUCAACUAUAUUGGCAUUUCAAUCGAUACAACAAAUGAAAUACUAUCAACAACCGUGUCAAAUGAAACGAUUCAAAUGUUUUCAUGAUAAUAAACAAAUGUGCUUAUGUAAUAAAGAUAAUUAUGUUGAUUGUUUCGAUUUUAAUCAUAACUUACCACAUUGUGUAGAAAAUCCGUGUGAAAAUAAUGCAUUAUGUCUUCAAGAUGAAGAACGAUGUAAUCCAAAAUCGAUCUGCAUUUGCAUUGUUAGUAAUACAUUAGCUAUUCUUACAUUUAAGCAACCCAACACGUUGGUUGUUGGUUGUGGUUUUUAUCUGUUGACAUCAUCAAUCGUUUCACUAUGUACAAUGUGUAUAUUUAUUGCAAAAUUUUUCUAUUUAUUACUGAUGCAACUGCUAUUGUCAUCAAAUCGAAACGCAAUACACAUCAAUUGUAUCCUUAUAGAAUUUUUACUAAAAUUUUUACCUACAACAGUCGACUGGUUGAACGCAUGUGUAGCUGUUGAACGAGCUGUAACAAUUAUUACUGGAGUCAAGUUUAAUAAAAUAAAAAGCAAAAAAGCGGCAAAACUAGUUGUAUUUUUCGUUAUUAUUUCAAAUAUUAUCAGUGCCCUACACGAUCCAGUAUAUCGUCGUUUAGUCGAUGAUAUCGAUGAACAGCGUAUUUGGUGUAUAAUUAGUUUUAAUCAACAUGCAUGGUUAAAAUAUUACAAUUCAUCGAUGAAUAUUAUUCAUUUUAUUGUUCCAUUUACAAUUAAUUUGAUAUCAGCUAUUAUUGUUAUUACUGGUACAGCUCAUGCACGAUCAACAAUACAUGCUCAGCAAUCAUAUGGCGAACGUUUAAAAGAACAAUUCAGAGAAUUAAAACAUUUAUUUAUUAGUCCAAUAAUUCUUAUUAUGCUUGUAAUACCUCGGUUAAUCAUUUCAUUUGUCUAUGUUUGUAUGAAAUCAAUGAAUGAAUUAUACCUAUUUUUAUUUGGUUAUUUUAUUUCAUUUAUACCCGCAAUGGCUACAUUUAUCAUAUUUGUUGUACCAUCGAAUACAUACAGAAAUGAAUUUUUUUUAUCAAUAAAAAAUCUUUAA